AUGGGCGCUCGUCCAUCUGGUGCACGUCUUGGAGCAGAAGAGCAGCAACAGACGCAGGAUCAAGACAUCCUCCUUGAGGUUGUAAACAACUCUGGCUUGAAGCUUCACAGAUCGCAUGUUGAUCCGCCUCGAGUGGCGGCUGCGCUUCCCGAGGUCCUGACAUCCAGGCAUAGACUGCUCCUUGAGGAUGUCCAGCAGGAGGUGUUCAUCAAUUAUACGAGCUGCGAACCUUCCCAUCUGCAUCUUCAGGAGGGCAGACGACGAGCUGACCAUUCGAUGGUUGGGCAAGGAGGUUCAGUCCCUCCUAAGAUUCUGUCCAUAUAUGUGGCAAUUGCGGAGGGCGGCUUGCGUGCUCUCAUUGGGGGUGGAGCCUGUCGCUUGGAGAUAGCUGCGACCUUCAGUCGUCUUCCUGAGCAUGCCGAUGAGCUGCGAAAGCUGGCAAGCCGGCAGGGACGUCUGGGUGUUUGUUCUUGGGAGCCGCGGCUGGCACCUAGAAGUGCUCUGGUUUGUGUGGCAGAGCCCGAGAGGAGCAUCUUGCAGCAGCGAACAGCAUUGCUGGAUGCCUUGCAAGCAAGCGCGUCUGCGACGGCACCAGUCUCCCCCAACAGACGGGGAGGCGGAGGCCAUUCUGAAGAUGUCCCUGUGCAGGAAGGUGUCCAGGAUGCGGAUGCAGGUAGACCACUUGCGGAGGGACGUGCUGGUGCUUCGACAGAGCUAUGUCAACAUUCGCACCUUCAUGGCCAUUGCCCUGAACAAGGCACCCGGCCGGCUGGAAACCAGCAGACCUGCCCCGCUGUACAUGGUGAUUUGUGCAUCGCAGAGGCACAGGAAAGCAUCGCCAGCCAGCAGCACACCGUUACCGCCAGCACCGCUGGGCAGAUGGCACUGCUGGCGCCAGAGGUGCCUGCAGAUCCUUCGAUUUCACAAGGAACAUCAACGGCCUCAAAUGCGCGGGUCCCUCCGCCAGCUCUGCCUGAGUCUGCGAAAGCAUCCGAGUAUGACAACGCACGGUUGACGUCGGCAGAAACAAACGUACAUGCCUGCCCGGAAAUGGGUGAGAAGGACGUUGUCACGGGUCGAUCCCGUACUGGCGCACUCGCCUUAGAGGUGCAAAAGGCUCUCAAGGAAAAGCGGGAAAGAGAGGCGAUUGAACGCAAGCGCCAAGAGGAAGAGGAGCUCAUGAAGGCGAACUGCUCUGCUGUCAUCGCGUCGCAAGACAUUGAAUAUCAGAGGAGCCUUUUGCAUGACCAAGUCCGAGACUUGCAGAAGGAGACUGCUGUCCUACGAGAUUCUGAGCGGUCCUUGUUGGAAGCUUUGACAGCAAGUUCACAAAGGCGGCAGAAUGCCGAGACUCGCAUCUCCAGGUAUGGUGAAAAUCCCCGCAUCCGAGCGGAAGCUGACGAUGCUGCAGAUGAAGAAAAGUCAUUGCAGUCAGAGCUGAUGGAAGUGUCUCAGCGGUUACAGGACCUCAAGGAGGCGCUGGAAGAGAAAGAGCAUCUUCUAUGCUUGGCCGCGCUCGCUGACGAUCCAGACGAGGGAACUGGACUCUGA